UCAAGUCCGAAAGAAGCAGCUCUACGGGGAGGGGAGGUGCUGCACUGCAAGUACAGAGAGGGAUCUCAAUAUGCGUUAAUGGCGAAAACCAACUGGACUUCGAAUUCGAAACUAUUCGUUUGGUACGAUAUCUCUACUGAAUGGCAAGGGUUUGCACCCGUGAACUCUUUCGAUUCCGGAGGUCCAUUUUCUCACACCUCGCUUCCAACCCAUCAAAAUUCAAUCUUUCCUUGCCAUCCUCCCCAUUUUCCUCCUCUUCGUUCGAACCCUCUGUCAACCGCUACAUAUUUUCGCUUCUCGAUUCGUGUCAGAGCUUGAUCCAGAUCACCCAACUCCACGCCCAUUUGAUCACCCGGGGCCUUUUCGAUUCGUUUUGGGCCCGGAAGUUGCUCAAUAGCUAUUACUAUUUCGGCGAUUUCGAUUAUACGAUAUGGGUUUUCGUUUACAUUGAUGCUCCUGGUAGAUUUUGCGUUAAUACAGUUAUUAAGGCGUACUCACUGAGUUCGGCGCCGGUCCGAGCUUUGGUGGUGUAUUUGGAAUGGCUGAGGAAUGGGUUUGUUCCCAACAGCUAUACUUUCAUACCGGUUUUCGGGUCGUGUGCGAAAAUGGGUUGUGCUGAAUCUGGGAGAACAUGCCAUGGGCAGGUUGUGAAAUAUGGGGUGGACUCUGUGCUGCAUGUGCAGAACUCAUUAAUUCAUAUGUAUUGUCGUUGUGGGGAAUUAGAGCUUGCCAGGAAGGUGUUUGAUGAAAUGCCUGAGAGGGACUUGGUGUCUUGGAAUGCAAUUGUCGAUGGGAAUGCCAGAUUUGGUGAUAUUGAGGUUGCACGUAGGUUGUUUGAUGAAAUGCCUGAGAGAAAUGUGGUUUCUUGGAAUGUUAUGCUUGGUGGGUACUGGAAGGGAGGGAAGCCUGAGUGUGCAUUGAAGUUGUUUAGGAAAAUGGUGGGCAUGGGAUUGAGGGGGAACGAAACUACCAUGGUGAAUAUGCUUGCGGCUUGUGGUCGGUCUGCUAGACUAAAUGAAGGAAGGUCAGUUCAUGGAUGUCUAAUUAGGACAUUCUUGGAGUGGAAUAUAUUUCUCAACACAGCUUUGAUCGAUAUGUAUUGUAAAUGUGAAAGGGUGCAAGUGGCGCGUUUGGUAUUUGAGAGCACGGCGUAUAGGAAUCUGGUUUGUUGGAAUGCAAUGAUUUUGGGGCAUUGCAUUCAUGGAAAUCCUGAAGAUGGAUUUAACCUAUAUAGAGAAAUGGUGGGUAGAACAAAGUCAAGAGAUGGAGAAACAAUCCAUGAGAAGGAGAGUUCGAGGCCAGAUGAAGAUCGGGAAGGAAUUAUCCCAGAUGAAGUAACUUUUAUAGGUGUUCUUUGUGCCUGUGCCCGCUCUGGAUUGGUAAGAGAAGCCAGAGAUUACUUCAGCCAAAUGAUCAAUGUCUUCCAAGUAAAGCCCAAUUUUGCACACUAUUGGUGCAUGGCUAAUGCUUUGGCUAGUGUGGGGCUUAGACAAGAGGCAGAGGGAAUAAUUAGGAACAUGCCGGAGGUUGCUGUGGACUUGGCACCGGAAUCCUUGGCAUGGGCUAGUCUGCUUGGCUCGUGUCGUUUCCAAGGAGAUGCGAAGUUGGGAGAAAUUGCAAAGUCUCUCAUUGAAAAGGAACCUCAGAACAUUGCUUACUAUCGGUUGCUGCUGAAUGUCUAUGCCGUGUCAGGUCAAUGGGAGAAUGUUACUCAGGUAAACAAGAUGAUGAAAGAAAUGAAGUUGGGAAGAAUCCCCGGAUGCAAUCUUGUGGACUUGAAUGAAAUUGUUCAUGAGCUCAGAGUUGGAAGACAUUAUCAAGUUGACCUUGUAGACUCCUGACUUCCAACAGCAAUGACUCUGUACACACAAACUGAAAGUUGGCAUAAAGUUCUGAACAUGUCAGAAAAUGAAGAUGGGUAAUGCUCGGGAUGUCGGGAGCCAAAGCAGCCGUGAUCCUUCCCUGUUUCGACUGAAUUUCAUGGAUUAUUUAACAAGGAAAUGAGAUUACUAAAUUUUCUAUUUGUGAUCAAAGCGUUUGAUUUCAUAAAGGGUUUUGGCAAUUC